UUUAGAGGUUCCUGUUUGCAUCUCUGCAGCCACUUCAGAACGCACGCAUUUGGUUUGCUCUGAGCCUGACCUUCUGUGCCGGCAGAAGUCUCUUCAGUCGGACUUGGGUACUGCAGAUGUAGCGCAGUUCAGUGCUUGGCUUCCCCUCGGUGCGCCUCAUCUUGGGUUGAAAAAUUGGAGAGCAGGCAUGUGUUGCCCACUGAAACUCCUCCUGAUGCCAGUGUUACUGGAUUAUUCCCUGGGCCUGAAUGACUUGAUUGUUUCCUCCCUUGAGCUAACGGUCCAUGUGGGUGAUUCAGCCCUGAUGGGGUGUGUUUUCCAGAGCACAGAAGAGAAACAUGUGACCAAGGUAGACUGGAUGUUCUCAUCGGGAGAGCACGCCAAGGAUGAUUAUGUGCUAUACUAUUACGCCAACCUCAGCGUGCCUGUGGGGCGCUUCCAGAACCGUGUGCGCUUGGUGGGAGACAUCUCACGCAGCGAUGGUUCUCUCCUGCUCCAAAAUGUGGAAGAGGCCGACCAGGGAACCUACACUUGUGAAAUCCGGCUUGAAAUGGAGAGUCUGGUGUUCAAGAAAGCGGUGGUGCUGCAUGUUCUACCAGAGGAAACCAAAGAGCUCAUGGCCCAUGUGGGUGAUUCGACUCAGCUGAGCUGUGUUCUCCAGAGCACAGGAGAGAAACGCAUGACCAAGGUAGACUGGACGUUCUCAUCAGGAGAGCAUGCCGAGGAGGAGGUUAUGUUACGUUAUCACUCCAAACUCAGGGUACCUGUGGGGAACCCCCAGAACCGGGGCCGCUUCCAGAACCGUGUAACCCUGGUGGGGGACACCUCCCGCAAUGAUGCGUCUAUCAUGCUCCAAGGAGUGCGGGAGUCUGACAGAGGAAGCUACACCUGCAGUAUCCACCUGGGGAACCUGACCUUCAAGAAAACCACCGUGCUGCACGUGAUCCUGAAAGAGCCCCGAACAUUGGUGACCCCAACGGCCCUCAAACCUGAGAUCCUGGGUGGUAAUCAGCUGGUGAUCAUUGUGGGGAUUGUCUGUGGCACUAUCCUGCUGCUUCCCGUUCUGAUAUUGAUCGUGAAGAACACCCACAGGAAUACGAGCUCAGGAACGUCCACAACCCUGGUAAAAAGCCUGGAGAACAUACAGAAGGCUGAUCCAGAGAAACAUGUUUACUCCUCAAUAACCACACGGGAGCUGAUUGAGGAAGAAGAAUCGAGUGGAAGGGCAGAGGCCACCUACAUGACCAUGCACCCAGUUUGGCCUUCUCUGAGGUCAGCCCCAAAUUACCCGCCUGAAGAAAAGUCAGCUGGGGGAAUCCCCAAACCAGAGCAAGCCUUUUGAGGAGAAAGGAGAAUUCCUUUUGUCCUUAGCAGUGGCACAGACUCUGUCCUCUGUGUGUCCCGAGUCACUGUCCUGGUCAUUCCGGACCCCUGCCCCCACCCCAGCUGGUUUCCUGCCUCAUCGGUCAAAAGGCUGAAGAAGGAGAGUCCAGAACCUGGCAGAAAGACAGGACAGCUCGGCAGGAACGGGCUUCGGUGGAGAGAAGCAUGGCGGCGCUCCUUCCGGAGCGGGACACUGGCCCUGGGGACCCCGGCCGAGCCGCCGCAGUGGCCUCCUGCAUUCCAUCAGGUCCUCCCCUUGGAUGUUGGUCUCCAUGGAUGGGUUUCUGGGAAGAAUCACAGAAAUCAAAACCAACCCAAAUGGUUCCUUUGGCAAAUUACCCCUAAAUAAACGAGGCUUGUGGAAAUCA